GUGAAUUAAAAAUGACUGGUCGUGGUAAAGGUGGUAAAGGCUUGGGAAAAGGUGGCGCUAAACGUCAUCGUAAAGUGUUGCGUGAUAACAUCCAAGGUAUUACCAAGCCAGCUAUUAGACGUUUGGCUCGUCGUGGUGGUGUAAAACGUAUUUCUGGUUUGAUUUACGAAGAAACUCGUGGUGUCUUGAAAGUGUUUUUGGAAAAUGUUAUUCGUGAUGCUGUCACCUAUACUGAACACGCCAAGAGGAAAACCGUCACUGCCAUGGAUGUUGUCUAUGCUUUGAAGAGACAAGGACGUACUUUGUACGGUUUCGGCGGUUAAACACAUCAUUUAUUUUGCGGACAAUUAAUGAGUAUAUUUUAAAAAAAGAAAACAACAACAAAUCGGUC